AUGUCGUCAACCAAGGAUAUGCGACGGGCGGAUCUCGCGAUCCCCUAUGUCGACCCGCCUAAGAGCACCAGCGAGGCCGAUAUGUCCAGUACGCCACACCUCAUUCCACCUCCUCCCUCCCCCGCCAGCAUUGGGACCUGGCACCAUGUGAGCGUCGAUUCUGAUAUAGCAGCAGGCACCAUGUCGAGCACUAUGCCGAUGGCUGCGAUGUUCACGCGCAACAGGAUGAUUGGAUGGGUGUCUUUCGUCUUCUCCCUCCAGUCCUGGCUGUCCGAGUCGCCCGAGCAAAAGAAGAAUGCCUCCACACCGGCUUACAUGUCGGUCAUGAUGUCCUUGAUGGCGCUGGUCGUUACCUACUUCCCCAUGUUCCUGCCUCCUCAGGCUAAGGGCGGCGUCGCCGCUCCAGUUCCCGCCUAA